AUGGACCCUUGGGUGGAAGAUGGAGAGAUGAGACCACCUUGGAUAAAAAACACCAUCAUCGACAUCAACUUACAAGUCAAAGAUCUCAUUGACUUUGAGAGAAGAGAUUGGGAUAUUCAAAAGCUGGAGUUUCACUUCCUCCCGAUAGACAUUGCUAGGAUCUUGAAAAGUAAACCUGUGGUGGACAAAGAGGACAUUUUUGUGUUGAAACACAAUAAAAGUGGUGAUUUCUCGGUCAAAUCAGCGUAUUGGGUGGCGGAUACUCAGUUCAACCAUGAACUGCACCAGGAAGCAAACAUCCAGCCUUCGAUUAACGACCUGAAAGCACAGGUUUGGAAGCUUCACUCAGAUCCCAAGCUUAAAGUUUUUCUCUCGAAAAUCCUGAGUGGAGCUCUACCAGUCAUCUCAAAACUCAAAAACAGAGGGAUUCGGCUUGAAGAUAGAUGCCAACUGUGUGGUCAGCUAGAUGAAACAAUCAACCACGUUCUCUUUCAGUGCUUUGGGGCUAGACAGGUCUGGGCUCUUUCAGAUUACCCUUCUCCUGAGUUCGGCUAUGAUAAGGGAUCUGUCUUCUCGAACCUUCACCAUUUACUGAUUAACAGAGACAAUAAACACUGGCCAUCUCAGUUGAGAAAAAGCUUUCCCUGGAUCAUUUGGCGAAUCUGGAAGAACAGAAACAGCUUCCUCUUUGAAAACAAGUUUUUCUCUCCUCCCGAUUCGGUGAUCAAAAUUAGAGAUGAGGUUGAGGAAUGGUUUAUUGCCCAGAGGUUGGAUAUAAACGGGGAGUUGUCACAGGAGUCAACAAUAGUUCCGGUUCAUCACACCACACAGGUAAGAAGUGAACCGGAGGCAUUGUCGAGAAGGAACGAUAUCUGGAAACCACCACCCUUAUCUCGGGUUAAAUGUAAUGUUGGGGUGUCGUGGUCGAGAAGGAAUCAACUUGUAGGAGGAGCGUGGGUCUUGAGGGAUGAAAGGGGUAAAGUUCUCUUGCACAGUCGAAGAGCUUUUACCAAUGUUGAAUGCAAAGACAAGGCCAAUUUUUUGGUUACCAAGUGGGCGAUCGAGUGUAUUCUCAGUCUUCGUUAUGUGAAUGUCACCAUAGCCCUGGAAGCAGCUUCUCUGAUUUGUUAUCUGUUGAGACCAAAAGCGUGGCCAUCCUUCAAUUACGAAUCAAUUGAACUUUUGAGGUUAUUGGAAUGGGUUGAUAGGUGGAAAGUGGAAGUGGAGGGAUCAGGUACUAACAGAGGAGCUUUUCUCAUCGCUCAAAGUGUUACUAGUGAGUGUAGGCUUCAUUCCUAUGUAGCAGCAGGGGCUCCUUCCUGGUUGCAUAGUGUUUUUGAACAUGAGAGAGUUCUAUCCUCUGCUUAG